AGGGGCAGGGGGAGGUGAUGAGAGUGAGAGAGCCGCGAGAACCGAUUUAGGAUUGUGGGAGGGAUUAAAAAUGAGAUCUUGAGUGAAUGUGGGGAGGGGCUAUAGGAAAGAAAAGUUUGAAUGGGCUUUGGAAUCGCAGGUUCAUUGAAUCGCUCUGGGAAUUCUGGUUCCAUCUGUGAAUGAACAUUACGGGUGUUUUACUGAGGUCUCCGGUUGGCUUUCCUUCUUUACGAACCAUAACCCUCUUUUCGUCUGACCAAUGCCUAUCGGAUGUGCUUCUUUCUAAUCGCAGCAUCUUGGAGUCUUACGGGCGUAAAAGCGAUUUAAUUGUUACAGUAACACCUGAUUGUGUGCGUUCAGGAGAGAAUGCCCCAGACGCCCACUCUUGUAGCUAUGUUUGACAGCAGCUGUUUCCAUCGGAACUUGUAUCAGUCCAAAGAAGAAAGUUGUUCAGACCUGUAUUACCAAGAUAACAACCUGCUUUCUGGGUCUCUGGAAGCACUCAUCCAACACUUAGUGCCAAACGUUGAUUACUAUCCAGAUAGAACAUACAUCUUCACCUUCCUGCUGAGCUCUAGACUUUUUAUUCACCCUUCUGAGUUGAUGGCCAGAGUCUGUCAUGUAUGCAUGGAGCAGCAGCGAUUGAAUGAACCUCGGUUAGAUAAGAGCCAAGUUCGUAAAAUUGCCCCCAAAAUUCUCCAGCUGCUAACUGAAUGGACUGAUACAUUCCCAUAUGAUUUCAGGGAUGAGCGAAUGAUGCGAAAUCUGAAGGACACAGCUCAUCGAAUAACAAAUGGGGAUGAGAUGUACAGAAAAAAUGUGCAGCAGAUAAUGCAGAAUCUUAUUCGGAAGUUAGCUGCACUGACUCAGUACGAGGAGCUCAUUACAAAAAUUAAUGCACAGUCUACUGAUCGCAUGACAGUCCUGAAAACCAAACCACAGUCCAUACAAAGGGACAUCAUCACUGUGUGUAGUGACCCCUACACAGUAGCACAGCAACUCACCCACAUAGAGUUGGAGAGACUAAGUUACAUUGGACCAGAAGAAUUUGUUCAAGCAUUUGUGCAGAAGGAUCCAUUAGACAACAAUGAGAACUGCUACAGUGACAGAAAGAAAACACGCAACUUGGAAGCCUAUGUGGAAUGGUUUAACCGGCUUAGCUACUUGGUUGCCACUGAAAUCUGCAUGCCUGUGAAAAAGAAACACCGCGCUCGAAUGAUAGAGUUUUUCAUUGAUGUAGCUCGAGAAUGCUUCAAUAUUGGAAACUUUAACUCUCUGAUGGCAAUACUAUCUGGCAUGAAUAUGAGUCCUGUGUCCCGACUCAAGAAAACAUGGGCAAAAGUCAAGACUGCCAAGUUUGACAUCCUUGAGCAUCAAAUGGAUCCUUCUAGCAAUUUUUACAAUUACAGAACAGCUUUGCGAGGGGCAGCUCAAAGGUCUCUAACAGCUCACAGCAACCGUGAGAAGAUUGUAAUACCAUUCUGCAGUUUGCUUAUUAAGGAUAUAUACUUCCUGAAUGAAGGAUGCAAAAGUCAACUUCCAAAUGGACAUGUCAAUUUUGAAAAAUUCUGGGAACUUGCUAAACAGGUCAGUGAAUUUAUGACAUGGAAACAGGUUGAGUGUCCAUUUGAAAAGGAUCGGAAAAUAUUACAUUAUGUGCUGACUGCCCCCAUCUUCAGUGAGGAUGCACUUUACUUGGCUUCUUAUGAGAGUGAAAGUCCAGAGAAUCACAUUGAAAAGGACAGAUGGAAGACUCUGAGGUCGGCGCUUUUGGGCAGAGCGUAAUGUGUCAAUGACCUGCUGGAAAACUGUUGUUAUUUAUGGACACUUUUUGCACUUGAUGGCAGCAUAGCAGGCAGCCAAGAAUGCAGCCCAGUAUUGGUGAAUCAAGAGAGCUAAGACUGGCCUAGCAUGCUUGUUCAGGCCAGUAAAGACUUAAUCAUUCACAGACACUUUUAUGCUGAUUAUUUGCUGGAUGUUGCUUUCUGCUAGCCAAUCCCAUUGUCCUAGAUCACCUAAAAUGUCUUUAAAGAAGCAAAACUGGCAACACCAGGAAUUUUGCCUGUGGGAAAAGCAAAUACAUUUAAAAAAUAUAAACUAAGGUAACCACGCGCUGGCGGUGGUUCAUAUCAUACUGACGAAGUUAAUCCUACUGUUAAAGUUUACUGCUGGAUAGUAAACUGGGCAAACAAUGAAACUUACCAGUAUUAUCAGUAAUAAUUGCCAAUGCAUAAACUAUCUCCAUUUGAAAAGAAGAUAGAAAAGCACCUGUCUGGAUAGCUAACAGCAACUGAGCACUGCAAGGUUGUCACUGGACUGAUCUUCCAAUGGUGGUGUCUUUUCUUUUGCUGUUUACAAUACUUUGUUUCUUUUCUUUGUCAUUUAAAUUUAUUUUGUGAAGCUUUAAUUGUUUGUUGUAUUUAUUAAACAUGAUCUGUGCAAACAUGUAUACAAACUGAGGGGAUUACUGAAGUUCAGUAUAAAAAUUCAAUUUUAGUAUGAUUAUCAGUACAGUACUAGACUUUAUUGUAGACAAAGGAGAUAUGAAAUCUAUAUGUGACAGACAUAAUUCAUCCAUUAAAUUAUUGUUUAAUAAUUGUUUAAUAAAUCUGAUCCAUGAUUAGUCUGUAUAUUUUUCUUGUGCUUCAAGAAAAGAUUAACAGCUUGAUUUCUGUGCUCCCUAAAUCUAAUUAUUUUGUUGCUGUUACAAAAUGACACCUAUAGUUUCUUCUUUAGCUGAAGGAUUAAUUUCUAUUGUUAUCUCAUCACUAAAAUGGUCCAUUUAGGGCAAAUUUCAUACAAUUGUAAUUCAGAACCUGAUCUCCUAUCAGACCUGUGAAAGGGAGCUCCUGAUGCUAAUCAGGUAAUCUUAUAUUUUUGAUCUUGUAUAGGGAUGUAGCGAACGUCGGAAAAAAAGUUCGCGAACAUAUUCGCGAACUUGCGCAAAAAUGCGAGCGGU